AUGAAGAUAUUAUUCAUAUCUUUAUUUUUAUUUUUUCAAUUUUUUAUAGUUUUUAUUAGGUGCCAAGAAUCUUUAAUUUUAAAAAGAGACUGUGUAAAUAAAUGCAACAAUUCCACAUCUCAUUUAAUAAAUAUAAAUAUUGAUAAAUGUACAGUUUUUAAUGACCCUUGUCAUUAUCCCUUUAAAUCAAUAAAAAUUAGUAAAAAACCACAAAAAAAUAAAUUUAAAAUAUCAAUUUAUAAUGAAAAUAAUUGUAAAAAAUUAUCUAUUAAUCAAAACAUCGAAUGUUUUAAAUGUAACCAAAUAAAAUUAUUUGGAAAGGGGCAAAAGGAUACCUAUUUUUCUUUAGACUGCAAUGUUUAUAAUAAUGAAUCAUUAUCUUCUUCUCACUCUGAUUCAUCAGACUCUUCAUACUCUAUUUCACAAGAAACCAUUCCUCCAAUAAUUACAUUAUCACCUUCACCUAAUGAUUCAUCAAGUAUAGAAAUUAUAACUUCAUCAUCUUCCUCAUCUUCAUCAUCAGAACCAGAUUCAUCUUCAUCUUUAUCAUCUCCAUCAUCUUCAUUUUCUUAUUAUUCAUCUUCAUCAUCAUCCUCUUCAUCAUCAUCCUCUUCAUCAUCCUCUUCAUCAUCAGAAAUAGAUUCAUCCACUGACUCAUCUAUGGAUUCAUCUAUAGACUCAUUAAUAGAUAUGUCAUCAACAAAUUCAUACAUUGAUUCAUCAAUGGACUCUUCUGGCUCUUCAGUUGAGUAUUCAAACUCGUCAAUAGAGGUAAUAUAUAAACCAAUAAUAUUGGGAAGAGAUUGUAAAAACAGUUGUUAUUUAAAAACCACAUCAAUAAAAGAAUUUAAUUUAAACAAAUGUUCAGUUUAUUAUGAUGAAUGUAUAAACAAACAAUACUAUCUUUUAGUAAAUCAAGCUGAAAAUAAAUAUAUUUCCAAAUUUUAUUCCAAUCCAAAUUGUACUGGUAAAGAAAUUCAUUAUGUGCAAAACGAGUGUAAUGCCUGCAGUGUAAUAACCACCUCCGAAAUCGAUAGCUUUUACACAGUUCUAUGUGAUUCAGGUACCUCCGGUUUGUUUGAAGAUGAAAAUCAAUUUUCAAAUUCUUUAAAGCUGAAAUAUACAUUCUCUUUUUUAUUGGUUUUAUUUUUUUUAAUUUUAAUUUUUGUAUAA